CCCGAGCGUCCGCCCGCCAACAGGAACCGAGCAAACCGGGGCGUGCUGCAUCUCCCUCCACUUUUUGUAUCGUCCGAGAAACUCCAGGAUGGUUUUGCUUACAAUGACCCCUUCCAUCGUGGAAGGGUUGCAGAGGUUGAACCCCGCAGCAGCUCACCAGCAUAGCCAAGCGCUGCAGGCGCAGGGCGAUGAGCCGUCGCUCGAGGAUGCCGCCGUGGGCAAGCCGGUCUCGCACUCGCAAGUCGUAGACCUCUGGAGAGCGCUCCAGGAUGCCGGCCACGGCGAAUUCUCUCUGGAGUCGCUCCUAAGAGGGUCCAAGGUCUACAUCCCGCCGCCAGCCCCGAAGCCUGAGCCGUCGGACGAAUACAAGGCUUUGAUGGCCCGACUUCGCCACCAACAAGAGCAGCAAGAAUACGCACGCAUGACCAGUCCGUCGCGGCCAAUGGAGACAUUCUCCCAGCGGUUCCCGAACGGUGCAAGCAUCGCGCAAGCGUUUGCUGCGGUCAACCGGCCGAGUCGGGAGGAGGACCUCGGGGAUGACGACGUGACCUACAGCGACGUACACCGCCAGCUGAUGCUGAUCCUCAACUUUGUGGCGAGCAUCCUCGGUGUCGCGGCGACCCUUUGGAUCCUGGCCAGGUGGUGGAGUACACCAGCCAGGCUUCUCUUAACGAUGGGCGGAAGCGUGCUGGUUGGCAUUGCCGAGGUCGCCGUUUAUUCAGGAUAUGUGUGGCAUCUCGGUCAGGCCAAGAAGCAGGACAGGACGUUGAAGGAGGUCAAGGAGAUUGUGCAAACGUGGACUGUGGAGGGCCCCGAGCCGCAGCCCUCGGUGGUCGGUGGGCGAAGCCGAACCGAGGAUGGUACCGUUCGUGCCGUUCGGAGGCGGCAGCGGGAGGUCAAAUGAGUGAGAGAUACCUGCAGUUAUUCCAUGCCAGUAGCUUGUCUAGCAUCACAUGUUUAUGUCGGUUCACAAUUUCUUGAAGAGGCAAACCAUCAUGUGCUGUUCCUCAGUGUGCUGCGUAAGGUACCAAUCACGGGGAU